CCAUCACCAGAAAAAAACUAGCCAAAAAAUCAUUUUUGUUCAAGCAUAAGUGCGUAACAAUUCAUGAAUUGGGGGCAAAUAUCCAAUUUCUCAAUCAAGCAAACGAAUGACCCUUCGCAUUUUUUUAUAGGGAAGAAAACCAUCGUUAAAUAGUUCAUAUUUGCAACAUAUCCAGAGAGCUCCUGAUGAAUGUUUCGCUUGAUAUGCUGGAGUUUAGUUGUGAAAAUGAAGACACUAAGCUCUAUUGAUUCUACCCGAUGGCUUAACCUUUGUAUAUGAGAACAUUGCUAUUAGAUUUUCUUCGGUUCGAUAAUGUUUGUUUGUGUUAAUUUACAUGUUGCUCCGGACCUUGGUUGAGUUGUGGCAUUUCCUACGUUCUUUAAAUGCUAUAAACCCUAGACUCAUUAUUUUCCUUUUGAAGAUGCAGUUUUCUAACCCCUUUUGCUUGUUAUUUUGUAGUCCAAAUAUUUGAUGGAUUUAGAAACGAAUGUGCUUCCCUUUAAAGUGGGCCAACUUGUCGAGGUCAAAUCAUUCCUACAUGGUUAUCGUGGCGCAUGGUUUCGUUGCAAGGUACUUGUUUGGUUCCAAUAUUCAAGCAUUCAUGAUCUGCUAGUGUUUUUACUUUUGGAAUGAUGGCCAUGAGGCAUUUGAAGAGUUUGGAAAACUUUGACAAAAUAUGUCUCAUCACGCUAUAAGUUCAUGCUAGUGUAUGAAUGAAGAAUUAUAUGCAAAUAAUGUUGAUAAGGAUAGGACUUAAAAUGCAUAGGUAUGAGAUGCAAUGCUUUGUAAUCUUAUUAAAUGAUGCUUGUGACUUCUACAUUGAAUAUUCAUCUUAUUCAAUGAAAUCCACGAUGGUACUUUCAUCAUUCCCCCAAAAGUUGUCAACAAUUGAGAUCUCGGACAUAACAAAAUUCCAACAAUGAAGUUGAUGCGAGAGAUUUUUACGAAAUAAGCAAUAAUACACGCUAAGGGAAGGAUUGUUAAAUCUAUAAGGGGGAGUUGUUUGUCACAUUUUCAAAAUAUGACGAACCAUUCCUAUUUGGAAGAAGUUGUGUAACUUAAUUUCGCUUUAACUUAAAGUAUGUGGUGAAGGUGGUAAAGAAUGUUGAAUCAACUACUGAAGUAUGGUGUUAACUUUGUAUGUCUAUAUGAAUAAAUAUCCAUAUUUUAUGUGAUUAAGUACAAGCAUCUCUGAAAAAACUCGUGCCUCUUAAUAGUGUGCCUUUUCUUGUACCACAAGAACAUUUGUAGUGCUUGCUUGGGCUUCUAUAUAAGAAAAAUGAACUUGUACAAUUUAGGUCAAUGCAUGAAUAACAUUCCAUUUCUUUGACUCAUCACUAUUUUCUGUUAGUCUAAAAUUGUUUUCUAUGUUGCUUUUUGCUGCGCUAGAACAUAGUUUUGCUUGUAAAGUUCAAGAUAUUUUUCUCUUGGAAUUUGCUGACUAUUUCAUCCCACUUUUACUUAUUUUAGGCCUAAAAGACACUAAAUGGUUCUCUAGCUGCGUUUUCUGAUAUGGGAUGGCAAUACUUUUACUGCUAUUCAUAUUAAUGAAGAAAGGUCAUUUACUUGUUCAUAUCUUCAUUUGCCACGUCAGAUAAUGAACAUACGUUCAACGAAAGCUGGGAUUGCUUAUUCCUUGGAAUAUAUUGACUUUCCUGAUGAAAGUAAGUCCUCCAUUGUGCGUUAGCUUAGCUACCACACUUUAUACAUUUUACUUUGGGGAAGUUAUAUUAGUGGAAUCAUUAAAAUAGAUGGGUAAUUGUUAAUUUGGAGGGAAGUGACAUGAAUGGAAUCGGAAAUGCAGAACGUUAACAUAAGGUAAAAAGAUAACUAAGAGUUGGGAAAAGGAGAAUCGAACUUCGAUCAGUCCAUAUUAGAAGUUGGAAAUGCAUCUUUGAUUGGAGAAGCUGGCUACUGAAUGUUAUGUAGGUAGUCACUCUUUGAAUCAAUUGGAGCCUAGGUAGAAUUAUUUGACCUGUAUCCCUUUUUGUUAACUGUGUGUGCAGAGAUACGAUUGACAAAAUUAUAUCAGAAGGCUACAAAGCUUGGGGAAAAGCAUUUAAUGGUGCGUCCUUGGUUUCCUCCUGUUUAUCGUGAAAGUAAUUUGCCCGAUGUCGAUACCAUCGUAGAUGUCGCUGUUGUGGCGAAUGAGAUGUGGAAGGUAGGAGAUUUGGUGGAUUGGUGGUAUGCUGAUUGCUAUUGGACUGGAAGAUUGACAAAAGUAUUAGAAAAUGAGAAGUUUCAGGUAAUUUGUUAUUUGUUUCACUGAUCAACAAAGUUCGAUUCUUGACUAGUAAUUUACUUCCAGUGGUUGCAUAUAAGGGGUCGUUUGGUUUUGGUAAUUGUUUGAUUAAUAUAGUUACAAUGCAUGUAUUGUCCAUAAUGCAUUGUUUUUUUGAAUUUUCUGCGCAAACAAUACCUGCAUUGUUUGCUUGAAAUGACACAAAUUGUCACUCAAAAUGAGUGAUAGUUAAACCUCAGGUUUGGUGAGAUUGACAUUGUUUGACUGAGAUUGUUGAGUAUUUUUUUCUUCCAACUAUGUCCUUACCUUUUUAUGUGCGUUGCUUUCUUAUAUAAAAAACAAAGGGUAAAAGUGAUAUUUCACUCAAAAAGUAAUAUAAUUUAUUUAAAUGCUACAGUAACUAUAUCACAUAAACCAAACGAAUACAUGUAUAUUAUUAUGCAUGCAUUGAUAACAAUGCAUCAAUUUAACUAUCAUCAAAACCAAACGACCCCUAACUUCUUGGAUAAGAUUUAUUUGCUUCUGCCUUCUAAUGUGAAAAUUUUCUUGUUGACAAUCUUCAUGGUUCAGUAAUGUAGUCAAUGCUGCUACCUAAUGUUGGCAGAUAGCCACAAGCUACACCUCUAUCAUAUGCCUUGGAAUGAUCCUUUUAUGUUAAUUUGAAGUCGAGUUCUGGAGAAGUCUUUACUUGGAUGGGUGGCUUUUGUUCGUAAAAUUGUUCAUCCCUAUUGCUUCUUGGUUUAAUUUUAUGGAUACGUCCUGAAUUAAAUAUAGAUCUUUUAGUUUUCCUGGAAGUAGUACUGAGUUUGUUUGUUUGGAGUGGUAUUAAUAUUGCGAAAUCCACACUCAGUGAGUGGCUGUAGAAAAUGCUUGAUGUAUAUACUACUGAUUUAAGUAGGCUCUUCUGAGAAUGCCUAAGAAGCCUCUCUUGACAUAACAAAGCCAGACCUGUUAUGUGGAAUAGUGGAUUCGAUCUUCUAAAUCCUAAGUAUCAAAGUCAGUAGAAUCACAUUUCAAGAGACUGAGGUAGUGUUUUUUUGUUAUGAUUAUGUUGUACAUGGAACUAAUGCGAUCCAAAAGUUGAGAUGGAAAUAGUAUAGGAUGCGUUUUAGUGUUGUUCUAAGUACUAAUAACCUUUUAUCACGACUUAAAAUUGAACUUAGAAGUUAUUUAGAUAUAAAGGUGUGGAUUAACAUGUAUAUCCUUCUCCACCUUGGGUUCUGAUAUUGGGAUUAACAUGUCCUAUCAAUGAAUAAAUAAACACAUGCUCGGUAGUUUCAUCGUAAAUUUCAUUGACCUUACUACUUUGCGAUAAUGCAAGCAAUUAGAAUAAGUCACAGCGUCAAUUAUGUGGAUAAUUCUACCAGUGCUGCUGUUGGAGGUCUUAGUAAACAAAAUUCUCUUCUGUUAGGAGGGCAUUCGAUUAUACUGCUUCUUUUGUUGUUUAAACCUGUUCGUGACAAGAUACCAGUGAUAAGAAUCUCUUAAAAGUUCCUUGGGGUGUCUUAAUUGGAUUGAUGAUUGUGAUACUGAUACCUGGGGUAGGUUUUGGUAUGAACCACACCUACCAGGAGCAAAUCUAUUCUUGCUUCUCAAGUCUUGAUGUUGCAUCGCCCAUGAUUUUGUUUGUGAAUGCUUUUUCUCUGUGCCCUUUGCUAUUGCUUUUCAAUUCCUCAUUCUUAGUGUCUUUUAGUGGUUCAAAAUCUUAAUCAUUUUCCUGUUUACACAGAUCAAAUUGCUGCCACCUCCCAAGGGUGAAGGGAAUUCUUAUGAUGUUUCAGGCAAAGAUCUGCGACCUGCUUUGGAUUGGUCACCAUUCGAUGGAUGGACGAUCCCUGAGGUGGUUCCCUUGUAAUCUUCAAAUGACUUCAAUCAUUGUGUCUUUAUUUUGGAUGCAUGCACCUUGUUGACGCAUUUUUUCAGUAGAAAAGCUUAUUGCUAGAAGAUUUCUGAGCGCACUGUUCUUGUUUGUUUGUGCAAUAUAAAGUGAAAGGUGUAAAAUGACUACAUGUUCCUGCUGUUAUCCUCACUUGCUGCCAUUUCAUUUUCCAAGUUGGUUUCCUCUAGUUCAUUCAUUGGUCCUUCCUUUUGUGGCUGGAAACUGGAAACUUACUACAGUAUGAAGUUUCUUGAAUAUCGUAUAUAACAUUUUGAAAAGGCUAAGGAUAUAUAAUCCCCAACCUCCAUUUUCUAGUGCGCAGAUAUAACUGAACCUAUAUUAUCCUCUGAUGUUUUCCCAUGAAACCAAUUUCAUUCCGGCAUAUCCUUAUUUACUACAGGGAAGUGGAAACUGCCAGCAUUGCGCUCGUUUAAUUAAAUCUUUGAAUCCAGCCAGAGUUCAGGGUGUUCAUGAAGGGGAAGACAGUGUUCAUUGGGCAUCAGCCGAUGGCAGACUUCAGGAAGCGCGAGACAACAUCCAGACAACUGAUGACAGUGGUCCUUCAGCUUCAUUUGUUUCAGCUAGUUCUUUACCACCCUUAGGGAGAUCAGAGCAACAACCAGAAGGGCCUCUUGGGAGUGGUGUUUCCCAAAAGGUGCAAAAUACUGGAAAAAAUUCCGACACGGAUGUGGCAAACAGUGAUGCUAGUAAAACAAGUUCUUUAGACAGUGUGCCAAUUCCUCGUGUUAGAGAUGCAUCAACUCUGGAAGCUGGAUUAACUCAGGGAAAUGGUCACCCUGAUUAUGGGGCCUUUAAAAGCAUCUCCAAGAAAUUGAAGACUGAUGGAAGUUUUUCCUUGAAUUCCAUGUGCCCCGACAAAGCAGAAGUAGCUGUCUUUGAUUUGGAGGAACUUGUCAACCAAAUUAAAUGGAUUAAGCGUAUUUUAGAGGUGGGUAUGCCUUUGACAGAUCCCGUUCGACCCUCGUGGAAAUUUUUGGAACAUGAAGCACCUUCCAUACCCAAAUGAACAAAGGUUAGUUUCUUAUUGUUUUUCUUUUACAUUCGCUAGUAAUGAAUGCCUUUCUAGUUUGUGUGUACCAUGUGGUGCGUUAGGGAGUACAUGUGAUGUUUUUCACUGCCUGCCUAGUUAUAAUAGUUUAUGGAAUGAGAAGUACUGAAGUUCUUCAAUAGCAAAUCCAGGCUUUCAUAUCAUUGUCAACCUGCAUAUUUUCCAGUAAUAGAAACCGAACUAUGAUGUUGCAGAUCUUAUGGACUAUAAUAUAUGUUUGCUGGAAAUGUGUUAACAGUUUCAGUAUUAGUCGGACUAGCCGAGCAGUGUUUUUUCUAUCAAUUUUUUGGUGUAUUUAUAUGUAGCACGACUAAGAAUUUGAUUCAUCUGUAAAAAGUUGUAAAACCUACAAUGAUAGUUAUCAAGCAUACUUGGAGUUUUCACAGUAUCACGCAGCAGCUGUAGACAUUUCUAGGGUGUGCACUGUGCACAGUUUUCUCUCUGGCUUGUGCUAGCUUACUUUUGCAUUGCUGUACUUGGGGCUCAUUUAUUUCAUUACUUCAUUUCAGGGUGUUCAUCCAGUGAAGUUGCAGUAAAAUUUUGAAUCAAUCCUUGGACCUCAG